AACACUUUUUAUCAUUUUGUGGCUUGUAAUGAAUGCAGACGUUUGUAAUGACCGAUUCUCGGAAACCGGCUUCCUUUCGUGGAAAGAAAAAUGUUAUGUUACGCAUGCGCAGCAAUUACACUAAGCCUCCCGCUCGUAUGAAAUCGUUUUGGUUUCGCACAUCCAGGGAGAUAAUUUGGCGAAAAUGCUGAAGAAUGAUCAAUGUUGGCGAUGUGAUGUUUCUUGUAAGUCACCUACUCCGAAAGUGUGCUGCAGUAGAUGCGAAGUAGCUUAUUACUGCAGCGAAACUUGCAAGAACAGGGAUCUGUUUCGACAUCAAGUGGACUGCCAAACUGCCACCUUAAAGAGGACAUGUUCCGGAUGCAGCAAGGAAAGCAGCCGAUUGAAACAGUGUGGUAGCUGCCUGCAAGCUUGGUAUUGCAAUCAGACUUGCCUAAAGAAAUCCUGGCCCGCACACAAAGCAUCCUGUCAAAAAAUGACGAGAAAUACAAGAGAAAUGUCUUUAAACAUCAAGAAACUCCACGACCUUGUAGAGUUUACGCCUGGCACUGCAACAGUUUACUACUGGGGUAACAUUCCUGCACAAGAUCUUAUAAAAUUCCCACUGAACGAAGGUUCUGAGUAUUCAAAGCCUAUCUCAGUCCUUGCAUGUGGCGUUGGUGACCCACGCAAUAUCGUAUUGUCCGUCUCGAAGCUUCCAGAAGUUUAUCAAGAAGAGCUGACCUUUGUCUUGAAUGACAUCUGCGCCUGCACACUGGCCAGAACGAUACUUUUACUCUAUAUAAUAUUAAAAGGCGGAGAAGAAGCUGCAAGUUCCGUGACGCAGAUUUGGUAUUCACUGCGUCUCAGCGAAGAUGACUAUAAGCUGGUCAUCAAUGCCCUGGAAGAGCUGAUCCAAACGUCCAGCCUUGAAGAGCUGACAGGAGACACCAUGAGGAUGGAGCAAAACCAACUUAAAGAGGUCACACACGUGUGGCGCACUUGGCUGGACCUUAGCUCACGGAAGGAAAAAUGGAUAUCAGAAGCUCGACGUAGGCGCUUUGACAACCCCCAAGCGAAGGAAGGUAUGAAACUGCACUUGGCCGAAAUCCCGAAAGAGCAUAAAAAGUCUGCAUCAGAUUGGUUUGCCAACGGGAUCCUGUCGUCCAAGGAAUCAAGAGGCGCACUUUUUUUUGAAAAUUUCACUUUGACAGGCUCUGACUAUCAGAUCAGUCGUAAUAGAGGCCCAUUUUCUUACAUCAUUCAGUCUUCUGUCUCUCCCUUCUUAUCAUGGGAUUACAACGAUGUCUGCCGUGUGAGCAGAGCACCAUCAAUUCUGAAAAUGUACAGUGAGUAUGUUGGUCAAGUGCUCAAGAAAUGCUCUGUGAGGUUGGCGACAAGGCAAGUGAAAUUUCACUUCCUGUUGUGCAACUGUAUGGAGAUAACUCCAUUCCUUCCACCAGACCGGAAGUAUGAUCGAGUGACAACCUCAAACAUCGCUGACUUUGUACCACUGGGGACACUUCUGGACACGUUGUUACCUCACAUGAAUCUCAAUAACCCUUUAUCAGUCAUCAUCACCGAAUUUCAGAACUGGGUCCAGUUUACAGAUUGGCAAUUCAAGGCUGCCAAAUUUGCAUGCGACUUGACACGAGGAGACAACUUUCGCAAGAAAGUCCUUGAAGACACCAAAAGUCAUGCCAUCGCCUAUUCCGACGCGAGACAGGCUUUCGUCGAGUACCAAGACCACAGUGUAGAGUUCAUCACCUUCCUCCGAGCUGCUUUAGUGGCUUCUGAGGUCCCUUUCCAGAGUAAUCGCAAGCAAACGUGGUCCUCAGUGGCUGAUUAUAACGGGUUAAUGGUCCGCAACUUCCUCCGUUGCCAAAAUCGCGUGUUUCCUGCUAAGUGGCUGUUAAACUGUCGCCGAGUGACCAUGUUAAAUGGGUUUGAAAGAGCCGUAGAAUGGAUAGUCAAACCGAGCUGACAAUCUGCUUUCAAAGUGUCUUUCCUGACAGGGGACUGAUAAGAAGGACUUAGACAAUACCAGCUUAAACCAAUUAUCAUCUUCUCUUCUUAGACCCACGUUUCUGUGGUGCAUUUUAUUUUGGCACUAGUUCAGUACCAAUGAGGCCUACUAUGCUUGAUUUAUGUACCAAACAUCGUUCAAUUGUAUAAUUCAAGAAAAAACCCUCGCGUAAUAUCAGUAACGCUACCUUACUAAAAUAUGUUUUCAAGGCAUCCUGUUAUCUAUAGUUAUUAUUGCAUAGUUUAUACUGCGCAAUACUUUACUGCGUUCGCUAUUCAUCACACAUAGUAACUUUGUGCUUUUCCUCUACCGUGUCAAUUGUCUUUAAACUUGUGUUUAGUAAGUGUUACCAAAAAUUUCCGGUAUUAGUUGAGUUUACAUUACUCUGUCUUAAAAAGCUUAGAUACGAAAUGAAUGAUUGCUAAAAAA